CUUUGCCGCCCGUAAUUAGUGCCCAAACUCUAUGAGCCCAUUAUCACAGUUUCUAUCUGACCUUGGACUCGACACAUCUUACUCGACACACUCACGACUUCCUGUAAUUAUAUACACCCGCAAUUUGUUGGCCUCAAUGAUGAACUGGUCUAUCAUGCAGUGGGUUCCUAUACCACGCAUGCUAACUUCGCGAGAAGCUAUCACGACGUUUCUUUUCCUGCUGCCUUUGUUAACCUCCCUGCUGUACCGCCUCUACGCAAAGAUUCGAAGACGAGAUGGCCGCUCAGUGGGCCUUCAGAUCCUCUCCGAUGAGUCUAAUAAUGACCUUAUCAAAUAUGAGAUCAUUGCUGUACAUGGCCUUGGGGCCAGCCCUGAGCACACCUGGACUUGCAGACCCAGCUCAAAGUCCAGAGUCAGCGAAAAUAAAAAAACCGUUCAUUUGCUCAAAGAUUUACUCAUGAAAGACGAGAGAUUUUCCGAUGCGCGAAUUCUCCAUUUUGCGUACAAUUCGGACUGGCUUGUUGACGCUUGCUUUGAGUCGGCUCGAGACAUUGGACUUCGUCUCAUAGAAUCCCUCAUUGAACACAGAAAGGCUCAUCCUCGCCUGCCUUUAAUCUUCGUAGGACAUAGCUUUGGCGGAAUUGUCAUUAAAGAGGCACUCUCUAGCGAUUUAGAAGAUACUCAACGCAUAGUAGAGGACACAUGCGGUAUCAUCUUCUUGGGUACGCCUCAUUUAGGCAGCCCAAUCGCUGGCCUUGGAGCCACACUCGCCUACUUGACUGGCUUCUUAGGCUCAAACACCGGCUUGCUACUCUUACUUCGAAGCAAUGGUGAAAUGCUUGUGAAUUUGAGUAUAGCAUUCCAAAGUUGUUUAGAAACAAAAUACCAAGACCUGGAUAAGAAGACUAAAAUUGUUUCAAUCUGCGAACAGAAGCCCACAUAUUUGCUGAAUUGGCUUUACGCAGGCUUGAUUGUCCCAUUAGCUUCGGCAACAUUCGGUACUAAUUUUAUGGAAGUAUUCAAGGUCGACAAAGACCACUCUGGACUAAAUAAGUGUCUCAACUCAGAAGAUCCUCUGUACAAAGUGCUCACAACACAACUACACAGGAUACGCCCUACUGCUCCUCCUAAAAUUAAUACGCUUCAACAAGCUGUCCUCGACCGUUUGGCAUCCGUUACCGCCGCUGAUGCAGAGUUUCACCCUGGACUCGACGAAUACGGAAGACGUCACUCAGAGUGCCUCCCUCAGACAAGAGAAGAGAUACUGAAAGAUAUUUGCGACUGGCUCGAUGGCAAUACUUCGCCGCAAAAAUAUCUCUACUGGCUUCAAGGCAAAGCCGGCACGGGGAAAUCUACCAUUGCACGCACUAUAGUCAGCAGGAUGGCCAGACAGAACCGCAUCGCUGCCAAUUUUUUCUUCAAAAGAGGCGAAGGUGAUCGGGCUAAACUCAAGCGAUUUUUUACGACUCUGGUAGCUCAGAUUGUGAGGCAAUGGCCUAGCUUCGCUAAAGCUAUCCAAGACGCUUUAGAGUCAGACCCAUCGCUUCCUGAACAAGACCCAAGGAUUCAAUUCAAGAAAUUUAUUCAGGAACCUUUGCAGAAGCAAGAACGCAAUAAGUCUAAGGUUAUAAUCAUUAUCGUUGACGCUCACGACGAAUGUGAUUCUAGCGAAGAUCUAACUGGCCUGGUUCAGCAACUCACGCAAUCACAAGAUGGUCACUCCACUCAACUUCUAGUCAAGUGUUUUCUGACUAGCCGCUUUGAUCAUCACUCGCAAUCUAGUUUUAAUAGCAUCUCUGAGGAAAUAUGUGAGAAGAAGGAGCUUGAAAAAGCCACAUCAGCGACUAUCAAGCAAGACAUUGAGCGUUACUUGCGGGCUGAGUUGGAAAAGAUCGAUGGCCUUCUUGAUCCGCUUCCAGUGGGUGGCCUAUGGUCCAAUCCCUCUGAUGUAAAAAAUCUCAUGAAACUUACAGAACGAGCCUGUCCGUUAUUUGAGUUUGCUGCUUUUUCCACUCGUUUUAUCAAACAAAAGAAUGUGCCAGGAGGGCCGCAGGGCCGCCUUCGUUACAUAUUGGAAACUCAAAUUUUCGGUGACCUCAACAAGUUAUAUGGCUUCAUCAUAGAUCGGAGAUUCAGCGGCCUCGAUCGUCAAUGCCGUGAUAGAGCAGAAGCAAAUUUUCAAAAGAUUAUUGGUUCAAUCAUUUUUCUAGCGGAUGCUGUAACAGUCAGAUGUCUAGCCGAGCUUCUCAAGCUGUCUGAGGCAGAAAUUCGCGAAGAACUGCAGCUUUUUGAAUCAGUCCUCGUAGUUCCAGAGAAACAAGACGAUCAGUCACCCAUCACAUUGUUUCAUGAAUCCUUCAGAGAUUUUCUCUCCGGGUCUGGAACUAAAAAGAAGCUGAAAAUUGAUCAUACAAGAGUCCAGACUAUGUUGGCAUCUCGCUGCCGCCAGCUCUUAUGUGGUUCGUUGCGGGAAAACAUGUGCAAAUUGAAAACACCUGGAACGCAUCGAAGUGAGGUUGCAGAUGAAACUGUCAAUGAAUCUAUACCGCAAGAAGUGCAAUACGCAUGCCGAUUUUGGAUUUUCCACGUCAAAAGGAGUGAAUCGAGCGUUAAAGAUGGCGAUGAUUCGCAUUUAUUCCUACUAUCCCAUCUCCUCCACUGGCUUGAAGCAAUGAGUUUUCUGGGAAGAACUUCAGAAAGCGCGUCACUGGUCAAAGAGCUGAAAGUUGCCGUACAUCCUUCCGAUGGAGUACAAGUCAAGGCAUUUUUAGAAGAUGCUGAACGACUUAUUCUCUCUUUCCGACACGUCAUUGAUGUUGCACCAUUGCAACUCUAUAGCUCCGUUUUAACAUUUUCUCCAUCUAAAAGCCUAGUCCGAGAAAGAUUUGACGCAUAUCGCGCUAAAUGGAUCUCUCAUAUAUCAAAUGUUGAUUCCCAGUGGAGUCCAUGUUUACAAACAUUUGAAGGCCACGUUAAAUCGAUUGGCUGUGUUAAUUUUUCUCCCGAUGGUAUCUUAGCAUCUGCAGAUGAAGGUAACAUAAUCAAAGUAUGGGAUCCUAUAGCUGGUACUUGCCUGCAGACCUUCUCUAUGCAUGGUCAAUGGAAACGUGGGGGCAUAGCGAUGGCGUUUUCCAAAGCCGGUAGGCUUGCUUGCAUGGCAGCUGGAAGCCUCUCUGUGUGGGACAUACGUCGAGAUGUUUGUUUACAAACCUUAGAUUUGAUGCAAUUCGUUCAGCGAGAUUCUUGGCAUUCCCCGGGUUCCGUGGUCUUUGAGGACGAGCAAAGACUUCUUUUGGCGGGUGCUGGACUGCGCAACGUUCUCAAAUUACAAUUGGGACAUGAGUGCGAGGAAGAAACCAAUCUUCCGUUUCACAACGUACCGACGAUUCUGUCGCCUGACGGUCAAUGGGUCGCAUAUGCAAUUCAAGGCGAAAUAAGGGUUCUUAACAUGAAUUCCAAAACCGCCCGUUUGGCCAAAACGUUAGAAGGAGUCAUAUCUUACUUGUCGGGAUUGGAAGCAUGUUUCUCACAAGAUAAUCGGUAUUUUGCAUCUGCGCAAGACCACGGAGAUGCUAUGAUCUGGGACGUUUCAUCGGCUACGUGCUUGCAGUUUUUAAGUGAAAUCGCUCCUAUCACUUCAUUGACAUUUUCACAAGAUAGUCGCUUGUUAGGAAUUGGCCUUUUAGGAGGAAGCAUAAUCAUCUGGGAUUGGGAAAAACACUCUCGCCUUCAGGCAUGUACAGGACAUCAGCUAUCUGUCACCUCCUUAUCAUUUUCACUAGACGGAACAUGGCUUGCUUCAGCUUCCAAUGACUGCACAGUUAAAAUAUGGGAUACUACAAUACAAGAUCACGAGGAGAAAAACGCAUCCCCUUUCAGCACCAACGCUAUCGCAAUGGCUACGGGUGGCCAACGACUUGCUACGAUAUCGGCUGAAACAUCUGGAAUCCAGUUGUUGGACGAUUCUGGAAGAGAAUGCAUUACACAACCAUUUAAAAAAGCUUACAGCAGAAUAGCAGUUUCUUCGAACGGUAGCAUUUUUGCAGCAGUUUUAGACGAUGAAUAUGGUAUUGAAAUAUGGGACGCGGAGUCGGGGAACUUUUUACCUUCCCACAAUCGCUGUUCUUCCUCUAUAUUCUCGAUAGCCCUCUCGGCAAAUGGUGAAAGAUUCAUCAUAGGCCUGAAGAAUGGGACGGCUGAGGUUUGGGAGUCUCGCACAGGCCGACUGCUGAAAGAGCUGAAGCAAGGACGAAUACAUUCGCAGGGCCUUGCUCGGGUGGCUAUAUCUUGUGAUGGUGAGCAAUUUGCUUGGACACGCUGUGGCGAUGGGGACAAAAGAAGCUUUUACACUGAGAAGUUGCAUUUGAGUAUUCCUCGUGAAUGCCAAGAUCAAUUCAAAUGGCGUAUUAGGUUAGCUUUCUCCCCAAAUGGAAAGCGGCUUGCAGCUGUUAGUGAUUGGCGAGGGGCGUUUUGGGAUGUGGCAACAGGUACCUGUUUGAGGGCGUUUAAACACGCAUAUACGUCGACCUGGUUACUGGACACAAGCUUCAUCAACUUUGAUUUCAGCACGGCCGUCAAAUCACAGGAGUUCAAGAAAUGUAAGGACUAUUUGACCGAGUAUUACAUCAGUCCCGAUGGUGCUUGGAUCAUGAGGAAUCGUGAGAAACUGCUAUGGAUAUUGCCGGAAUAUCGGCCAAGAGACGCGAUUGUCUCUGGAUCAAAAUUUGCAAUUGAGCGUGCAUCAGGCCCCCCAAUUGUUAUAAAGCUUUCAGAUGAGGGCCUUUAACUGAUAAUUUAUCAAUUGAUAAACACUUGGCUACUUCGACGAUGAGGCACGGAACUAGUUGAAAAUACUUAGAGUCAUGGU